CCGUCUUGCAUUUACACUCACGUCGUUGACAAAUAUUGAAUUAAUAACGGUUAAUUCAACUGGAAUAUGUCCUUGAUAGAUUUUAUACAAAUUAAUUAACGCUUACCGUUAAUUAGUCUGACGAUUUCUAUCCUAGCAAAUUUACAAAGAUUGAAAUAUUUCUCUUUCAAAUUUGCGAGGUAAUAAUUCUUUUUUGCCGAGUGUGCAUAAUCGAAGUUUACGAAGUCCAUUAAGCGAAUGUCGCUGUGUGUCGAUGAAACUUGCAUCAUACCUCAGCGUGUUUUCAACUUUCGUUAUCUAAUCGAAUCCACUCGAUUACUGAAUCUGAUCGUUUUGUAUUCAAUCAGUAUAACUUUUACUCUGCAUUCGCGCAGAUCUCCAGCUUCUGGUAAUUUCGGAAUUAAAUUUUCAUAUUCGCUUGUUAUAUUCAAUAUGGAGGAAUCAAUUAUAAGUACAGUGGAGAAUGAUAGUAUGUUACCGGAUGACGUGCAAGAAAAAUUAGCAAAAGUGAUCGAAAGAUAUCAACAGUUAAGCGAUGAGGAAAAAGAGCAGUUCCAACAAGGCGCAUUUGAUGUAUUAACGAAGGCUUUGCAUAAAUUACCCGCGAACACAAUUCUGCCCACGUGGCUCGCACCAUACCAGUCUUACAUUCCAUUCAUUUUCGCGGUAUCAAUGGUGAUAUUUUUACUUGUUAUUAUCGCUCGCAGAUUGUAUAAGCGUAUGUGGGAGCGAGAACAGCGUCAAGAAGAAAAAAGAAAGCUUAGACAACAGAAAGCAGAAAUGAAGAAGAAGAAAAAGAAAAUUGGCACAUAUGAAAAACUAAUCAUUUUCAUCACUUCAUAUUGA